AUGAAAAUGCGUUCUGAAAACUUUGCAAUGGGAAUUUUCCUCUUUUCUCAGAUUACACUAGGAAUGCUUGGCAAUUCCUCAAUACUAUUCCAUUAUGUUAUUUUAAUAUACACUGGGAAGCAUUUGAUGCCUAAAGACCUGAUUAUAGAGCACUUGACUUUUGCCAACUGCUUAUCUAUCAUCUCAAAAGGCAUCCCACGGACUAUGUCAGAUUGGGGAUUUAAGAAUUUUCUGAAUGACACGGGAUGUAAAUUGAUAAUGUAUAUUUCCCGAGUAACAAGGGGAGUGUCCCUGUAUUCGAUGUGCCUACUGAGCUGUUUCCAAGCAAUCACAGUCAGCAUCAGCAACUCCAGGUGGAUGAUGCUUAAGUACAGAGCCACCAAGUACAUCGGCCCCUCCUGCUCAGUCAGUUGGCUUGUGCACCUGCUUCUAAACAUUUUCAUUCCAGCAAGAGUAUUAGGCCCCAGUUACAAGGAAAAUGCUACUAACUGGGUGAGUUAUGGAUACUGCUCACUGUUAGCUUCUGGGAGUGUGACAACUGUACUAUACAUGUUCUUACUGUGCUUCUCUGAUGUUCUGUGUCUGAGUCUCAUGGCCUAUGCAAGUGUCUUCAUGGUACAUACCCUCUACAAACAUAAGAGACAAGUCAAGUAUAUCCAUACUACUCAGCACUUUCUAAAAGUCUCACCUGAAGACAGAGCCACUGAAACUAUCCUCACCCUACUGUGCAUAUUUGUUAUCUCUUACUCUUUCUCUUCCAUUCUGGCUGUCUUAAGGACCUGUACCAAAUAUCCAGUGCUCUGGGGAGUAAAUGUAUUUACAUAUAUAGAAUUAUCCUUUCCCAUAUUUUGCCCCCUUGUUCUUAUCACAAAUAUGAAGUCUAGUUUUAUUCUGUUUCUACCCUGCUUUGGUAAGAGAUAG